AUGAGAAAAUCCAGCUCAGGCCGGCAUCGAACCGGCUCAGAAGCAUCUGCCAGGUCCGAGCGGCCGAGAAAUGAAGACCAAGACUAUCCGAAGGGGCGUUCCACUGCAGAUGCGAUGACCACUUCUUCGCGCCGCAAGCCCAGCCGACACAGCAAGUACGACGAGACUGAUGCUACUUAUGCGACAUCGAUCACCGACGAACCCUCACAAAUAUCAGAUCGAUACCGAAAUGAUUUACGAGAAGACCCGGAACCCAGUGACACGCGGAAACGGUCAAGCAAGAACGAUAAAAGGACAAAAUACGAGAAGAGUCGGGGUGGCAAGGAGGACAACGAUUCAUGGAAACCGAGGAAGGACGAUAGCGCUCGUGACUCUCGCAGGUCUAGCAAGUCAAAUAGUAAGGAGAGCGCUCGCCCCUACCGGAGCAACAGUGCGUCCCUCCCUCAAAAUCAGUUCCCAGGAGAGUUUCCAUCUACGUAUUCUCAGCCAUAUCGGCCUCCUGGACUAGCGGCAGAGUACUAUGGCGACAGUGGAGAAUCAGUCGCUUUCCAACCUGGUGUUCGUCCCAACGCUCCAAAUAUUGUCACCAGUGCAGAGCAGGCGCAUCUUCUGGAACCGACCGUUGAAGCCAAACCUCCCCCUGAGCCGAGCAGCAUGGGUCAAGUCGGCGCUGCUGCUAGCUAUUUCGGUAACAAUGACUAUGAUGACGAUGUUGGGUCGCAGAUGACCCCUUCCAAACCUCCCCAGAAGCUGAAUCUGGGCUCCGACAAGCCUCCCAGGCAUAGCUACUACGGGGUGAGCCCCAGAACGAGCCCCCGCCCCCAAGGCAAUCCUCCACCGGCUUUUGGGCUCGCUCCUGGCAGGACUGGCUCUUUUCCCGCCUCAGGCACUGCUGCGAUCGGCGAAGCCGCCGAGUAUUACGCUGGUGGAGGAGGUGGUGGUUCAUCGACCAAUGCGUAUCAAACGCCCAAUAGACCUCCACCGGGAGCGCAAACGGCAUCAUCCCCGUAUUCCGCCCCAGCCGGUAUUGGUGGCUCGCAUCAGUAUUCAAGUGCAGCUUUGUAUGGCGGCGCUGCGGCACUUGCUGGGGCAGCAGCCGGUGCAUAUGUCUCCGGCCACUCUCACAAUCCAGCCUCACUCACCCAGCAUCAAAACUCAACAAGCAUGGCCGGACUGGCUCACGGCUAUCCUCUCUCACAUGGUACUCAGACGCAUCAUGCCCACCGACAUAAACAUCAGGGACUCUUUGGCAGAUUCAUUGACUGGUGGCGAGAUCCUGAAGCAGUGGCUCGAUUCGAAGAAUAUACCGAGUCAAUCGGUGUUUGUAAAUAUUGCUUCGAUCCCAUGAGCUCACCCGCCGAUGCCCCUCGCAGACAUGACUAUCGCCGGCGAAGGCCGUCUCCUGGGAGUCGGCAUGGGAGUACGACACGGGUAGACAAGAUGUAUAGACAGAGCUCGGAUGAAAAUCUUCGGAAACACCCCUCUGCGAAAAAGAAGAUGGUAGUCGGGGGCUUGGCUGGCUACGGGGUGGCGAAACUCGGGGAGGCAAUAGUCAAACAGAAACACGACUCCGACGACACAUACUCUGUGAAAUCCGGACACCCUGCGAACCCGAACCGAGUCAGUUUUCAAGAAGAGCAACAAUUUCGGCGGUACGAUGAUGCGGGCUUCGGACGAUCGCAUAGCCACCACAGUGCAGCCAGAAGCAAAACUUCUUCAACACAAAGAGGGCAUCCGGCCCGUCGGUCGAGUUCAUCGUCCUCGAGCCGAUCUUCUCAAGUGAUCUCUCGUGGCACCGCGUUGAGCACCGGGCUAGGUGCCGCCGGGCUUGCAAUUGGUGCUGCAGCUCUCGACGCGGGAACUCGGCGCCGGAGUAAAAGCAGGAGUCGGUCACCAAGUUCGAGGAAGAAAUAUUUUUCCAAACGAGUAUCUCCAAUGCACUCAUAUGUCGACCUAUCAACAACCAAUGAAGGGUCAGGUGGCCUGAUGAGCUUCUUUACCAGCCCAUCGGCCAAUUCGAGGAAGGGCAAGAAGCCAAAAGGCCUCUUCAGUUUCUCAAACGCGUCGAGUUCCUCAUCCGAUGCAGAUCUACGAUUUGGAGAGGGAACCGUCCGCCGAAAGAUCUCCAAGAAGCGACUACGAGAGAGACAGGGCAAGAAGCAUCGAAACAACUCCGUGGCCGCAAUGGAAGACCUGGUUAUUACUGGGACUGCGCUUGCUGGCGAGGCCAAUCGAAGAGAACAGAAAGGUAGGCAGAAAUAUGACGCUGAUAGGCAUACAGGUCCAGAUGGUAAGCAUGCAAACGGACGUCGAAUCUCCAUGGCAGAUCACGAAACUUCCGGCGGGCGCGACGACGAAUGGUAUGAUACAGAUGGCGGAGGCGACUCGGAAAGCAGUGUGGAUAUGGCAAUGGCAUAUGGUGGGGGGUUCUCUACUUCCCAAAGGCGGGAGCAUCUCCCUCAAAACGGCCGACCUUUGGGAUCGGGCUACAACUCCAGGGAACAGGAUCAGAGACAAUAUCAGAACAGUCUGGAACAAGCCAAUAUCGGGCACGCGCCAUACUUUCCCAUCUCAUCAGUCAAAACGGCCGCUCUUGCGGGUGCGGGAGGGGCCCUAGGUGGUUGGAUGGCCUCUAAUGCACUCUCGAAGGAAUCAAAUCCGCCACCGACUUACAGUUCACCAGAUUCGAUGCGUAAAUUAGAACCUCGGCCGAUGUCCGAUUCGCCGUCAAAGGCUUCUCCUCAGACAACCAGAGUAUCGUCAAUGCCAAUGGCCCUAUACCAACCUCAGCCAAUCGUCCCUGUCACACCUUUCAUCGACAACAACCUCUCAGGAGGCACUCAGUUCGAGGGACGGAUGCCAUGGACUGGGCAGAGAGCCUCAAGUUAUGUCGAACGAGAUUCAUUUCCGGCCGAUCUGCCCUCUCAGGCCUCGAGAAACAGCGUCAAUUUCAACUUAACCAACGAACAGCUUGAGAACGAAGAACGCGCUAAGUGCAGGGACAAGAGGCGAAGGGAUAGUUUUGGCGACAAUGAUCAAAGAAAACCUGUCGAUGCUACUCUUUCCAUGGACCCUAUUCAAAAUUCAGCUGAACCAUUGCGCGACCAGACAGCACUAAAGCCCAAGCGAUCGUCUGACGCUGGUGAGAGCUCUUUCGAUGCUGACAGACGAGUGGCUGAAAUUGAUCGUGAAUUGGAGAGACUCUAUCAAGAGCACGAAAAAGCUGAAGCACGAAAGAAGGGGUCAGACCUAAAGAAAGCCGUCGAAAGUGCCGUUAUCGGCGAAGCAGCAGCUGUGGCUGUAGGCUCUAUGGUUAAUAGGGACAAUAAGAGGAGGUCGCACGAAGAAGGAACCCCCACCCGGAAGUCCAACUUGAAGAAGAUGAGAGAAAAAGAUGCCUCUUCGUCAUCCGAGACACAACAAGAAAGAAAUGCCGGGAUGGUAGCUCACGGAGUUCGUUCAACGCCAUCACCUGUCCAACAUGACGACUACGGUGCCUUCUUCGUUCCUACUGAAAUCAAAGAACAUCUCAAGGAACACAACGACAAGGCUGAGCAUCGAGACGACUUUGGAGCAACCGUGGUUGAGAUCAUUCCCGGAGCGCCCAAACCUAGCAGCUCACACCCCUUCGACCCGUUCACGUAUCGACAAUUCGGUCUCGGAAUGGAUGAUGACCCUUUGUUACACCCUUGGCCUGUUCCAAUUCUUGGGUUGAUCGAACCCACACCGCCUGGAAGCCAGGUCCACAGUGUUGCAGGCGAUGCAACGCCCGACAUUGAGCCUAGAUCAAAAGGAACACUCGAGGAUAUCGGAGAACCACUCGAGCGGAAGGAGUCCAAAGUUACGUGGGGCGAGCAUGACACGUUCGUCUAUGAAGUCGUGACACCAGAAUACGAACGCUCCGAUUAUGGGCCCGAGUCACAGUUUCAAGGCCAGAACACUGCAGACAUUCCAUCUCUGGAUGCCGUUACCGAAGCGCCGGCUUCAAUCACCGAAGAGACGCAACAGCGACCAAGUGUAGGUCGGGCCUGGACGCUAGAUGAGAACACAGCAGAACAACUUGAGAAGGAAAUGUCCGUCAUUGAUGACAGACCUCAGAUAGGCCGCGCUUGGACGAUCAAUGACCUAGAAGCCGAGGAAAUCGCUCAAAAACUACCAGAAGAUAAACCCAAGGAGGACUCUGUGGGGUUGGUAUACCAUGAUCUUGACCAUGGAUCUGAUUCUCAAGAUACCAUGUCGACUUCCAUCAAUGGCCUGCUUGAAGAUCGGCCCGGAGAUGCAUUUCCAAUAGAAACAACUGAAAGCAACCGACAGAAAGCAGUUUAUCAAAGCCCUUUUGCUGAAACAGUGAGCGAUCUAGGUGCCGCAAGGGGCAAUUCCAGCACAGUCGAACCCGAGACUAAGCCGAGAAUCGUUCUCGCCUUGGAAGAUGGGGGUGAACAAGACAAACGCGAACUGUGUGAGAACGAAAACAUAUCUGAGGAUGCUAGACCCAGCACCAAGGGCCGGCGUCGGCGAGAACGUUCCAGCUCUUCUGUGGACGCAUCUCUCCCGUCUCCAGCGCAGCAAAUUCCUUCUGAGGUUUUGGAAGAUGCAUCUCCUAGGGACCCGUCUCAUAAGCCCCACAUUGAUCGCAGUCUCGCCAAUAAGAGCGGUGCGCUUGACUCGUCGGCCUUAGGCCUGGGCGUAGGCACGUCUAUCCUUCUAGCUGCAGACCCGCUGACGAAGAACAAUGGUCAAUAUGUCGACGCUGGGUCAACGAGCGGAAGCCACUGCCAGUCUUCGAGACCUGAGGGACUGACUGUGUCCAGUGAUCCUAGGUCUCAGGGUCAGCAUUCAGGUUCAAAAGGAGAACAUCACUCGGAUCCUGAGGAAUGGGAACGUCUACGAGAAAAGCCGAAGAAGUCGAAGACCGGCGCCAAGAGCGAUGCUGGCGAGAAGACAUCAAGGAAAUCUAAGAAUAGACGAACGGCCGAGAAUGCGGAUUUCGAACCACUCCGGAGAUCCCGUACCGAUGAUGAUCUGUAUGACAAUGAAAGGCCCAGGCGAAGCUCAAGAUACAGCAAUGGGGAUUUUGGCGAAGAGCCAACCGUGGCUCGUAGUGGCAAGGAUGAGAAGCGAACGUCGCGGACUAGCCACCAUAAAGACUCUGAUGGAUAUCAUGAGGGUGACGACCGUCCUGUUACGAGCAGCACGCCAGAUUCAAGAACGCAGGAAUCUGGUGGCUUUUUCAGCAACCUCUUCGCCAGCAACAAGAGCGACAUCAGUACAUCUAGCAAAAAAAGCUCAAAAUCGUCUAAGUCAGACAGUCGGGCAGAUCGGGAGCGGAGAGAUGCAAAGGAGACUCGAAAGAAGCGCAAGUCUAAAGACAAAUCCGAGUGGGAUGAUGUCGCGACGGCAGUAUCUGAACCAUCCACACGGAGCCAACGCAGCCCAGAUCGCCAAACUGUGCGCCAUGACCCAAAAGAGACCUCCAAUGAUCAAACUGUCGAUGACGGUUUCGUUUCUGCUGAGGAGACCGCCGGAACACCGACUAAGGACAGCGCAGACCAGGAGUCUUUUUUAGGAAGUCGCCCCGAAAUGCCACAGCCAAUGGUCACAGACAUGCCAAUGGGUACUGAUGGUGUCUCGGGGCCAAGGUCCGAGAGAGAGACAUCUUCACCGCCCGAUAAUACCAGUAGUGUCUACCUUGGGGCAUCGGUCAGACCGACAAAUGACAAUCAUGUUGCGGUACCACUUACGGCUUUGACGGAAGUAGACCAUUCUGGAACUCUGCCCAAUGAACCAGCACCUGACGUUGUCGAGGAAGGUUCUUCAGCCCCCUUUGCCCAGCCCGCAGCCUCUCGGCGCCUGUCUGCUAUUCGAACAGCCGACAUUCCUUCUAGCCCAAUGAUGGCCAGCUCUCCGACCGCUGUACCUCUCCAUUUCCGACGGCCCCCUAUAUCGCCCACUAACCCACGCUUCUCCAUGAGCUCGCCAGUAAUAGCACCGAGUUCACCGCUGACGACGCCUCGGACCCGUCAAGGAAGGCCGAAGUCGACAGAAUUCCGUUCCAGCAAGGAAUUUCGGCCAUUGUAUCUCGUGGAGAGACAAAACUAUGCGAGAACAGCGGCAACCGACCCUUCUGAAGAAUAUCCAUCGUUGCCAUCCAGCAAAACUAGCUCAGCACAUCCGUCUUUGGAAGAUCUUCGAGCUGAAGCCCAUUUGCAAGACCAAGCCGAGUCUUUUACUCCAUCACGGAUCAGCACCGAAGUUUUCCGUGAGCGUGGCAGACGACACAGUUACUCAUAUUGGAAUGACGGCGAGGGAAGGCGAGAAUCUCCAGACUAUCUGGAUUCUCGAUCAGCCACGCCUGUGCCCGGCGAAGCACAAAGGGCUCGUGACCAAGAAAAGAAGCCCAAACCGAAAUACGAAUUCCAUUCACCGAGCGAGUUGCUGCAAGAUCCAACCCUUUUGCAUGACGCUGGCUCGGUAGACGAGCAAUUUGUGCCUCAUAGUCCCCUUCCCAGCGUCGCAGGUACGGAUGCUGACCAGGAUUACAUGAGUGCACGAAGCAGGAGUCUGUCUCCAACUGGGACGCUAAGUCGUAGUCGGAGUAGGAGGAGUCCUUCGCUCCCGAGAUCAGCAUCAGCAGCAUGGCAAGACGAAAUCGGUACCACAGCCGCCGGUGCUCUCGUUGGCUCUGCUCUGGCACUCGCCGCCCGUCAAGCGCUCAAACACUCACAGGAAGAUUUGCCAGCAGAGGAAGUAGAGACACCCAGGAAGCCUCAGUCCUUUGCGGAGGGUUUUAAGGGGGCUAUGCUGGCGUCUGGCCCUGACGGAGAGAACGUGGCAGGAGCUGGGAGUGAGACGACCACCCAACAACCGAACCAAAAUGAACCAGUCCAUGCAACUAUUGAUCUGGAUCGAGACACGGAGUCGCAAGUACCUAGCGAAGCAACCUUUGGUGGGGACGCUUGGCGAGACGUAUUCGCGGAAAUUCACAAGCGCAGGCUUGACCCUGAUAUGAUAGCGGAUGCUAGUACUGCAGUUAACACUGAGGUGCCAGAGAUCGACAGCUUCCAGAAACCAGCCGCCAACGAACUCGUAUCUCCAUCGCACCUCGACGAGGUGGCACAGGUCCGGUCAGUUGAUGGUCGCCCAUCUGAUCCCGAUGAAGUCACUGGGGCAGGCAUAGCCAGUCCCGAGGAGGCAGAAAGGCUCAACGAGACAUCUGGAGAAAGCCCCGAGGACGGCUUCCUUGCAUCAUCUUCAGUAUCUGAACCUUUUCAUCCGAUGCCAGGUCUCGAGAAGCAAGCCGAGACCGUUAAAGACUCACGGGAGGGCUUUGACGUGCACAUGGAAAGUGUCGAGAAAGCAACAGGACCCAGUCACGAGCCAAAGAAGUCACGGGAGGCUGGAGACAAGAAUGACGAGGAUGCCCGAUUGACCUCUGAUGAUGCUUCCUCGCUGGUGUCGCAAGUAAACGGAGAACAGAGUGAUGCUGAAAUUCAGAGCACCGAGCCAAAAGCGGUUUUCGCGUCGGACGUGCUGGGUAUCGAAGCUCGUACUUCUGGUAUCGAGGAUUGCUUUGAAGCCGCAACAGACGUACCGCCGACAGCGGUAGAGUCUGAGACACCUAUACAACUAGAAGCAGCACCAUCUAUUGACAUCGACAAGCAGAAUAUAGGGGUUGGCGAUGCGGCUCUAGACCGAUCUCUCACAGAAGAUGAAUCAUCAAAUGUCGCACAAUCAAGCCGAGAUCCAUUAGAAGAGGCAUUCAAACAAGCCAUGGAAGCUCGGGGCUUGACUACAGGUGCUACCAUCGAAGCAGCCUAUCAAGCAUUUCAGCCGGAGAUUCCUGAUAUCGGAGGGACCCAGUUAUCUACCAUCCGGGAGGAAGGCGAGCUUCCUAGUCCUUCUACCGAGCGAGUCUCAGUGCCAACUGACGGAGAAAGACUGGCCGGGCGUUCCAAGAAAGAAAAGCGAAAACAAAAGAAGGCGAAGAAGACAUCAAUAAUGGAUAAUCUAGUGGAACCAGAGUCUCUCCCUACAGAAGGUGAUAACACACAACAAAUUGCAAUGGCCGAGCGGCAAGAGGUCGAGACCGCGCGUCCGAUUUUGCCUGGGGAGGUCACUAAAGAACCAACACCCACAGGAGAUGGUCCAAAUCCGUUUGGUGAUGAUUUCGAAACCAAUCCCAGCGAGCCAGAGGUGCCACCCGGUGAUGUCAACGCGCAUUCAACUAUUGCCGUGGAUCCUAGCGUUAGAAGUGGCAUAAUGGGCUUGUCGUCGUCACCUGAAGUUGAUAGCAGUGUCUCAACCCUGAAGAAAACCAGGAAGGGCAAGAACGGAAAAAAGAAACAGUUCCAGCCGUACAGUGGGGAUGAUGCUGAUAUGAGCAGUUAUCAGAACCAACCUGGUGAGCCUGCCCCGGCUGUCGAGUCGGCCGUUGAGAAACAACGCAGCGCCACAGGGGCUUCGAACGAACCCGAGCCGCCGACUUUAGAGGGACCUGACGGAUCAGAGAUGGCUGUUGAUUCUACAGUCAACGUCCAACAGGAGGCAGAGCAUGUCCCAGAGACGAGCUUGAAAUCGGGCAAAAAGAAAAAGUCUAAGAAGAAAAAGAGUGUCCCAGUGCCAAUCCAGGAAACAAGUGAACAGAUGUCCGAAGAAUCAUCUACCGCAACACAGCUACCCCAUGAACCACAGCCGAGCAUAGACCCUGCUGCUCAUGUGUCAGGUUCCGCCAGAGAACCCACGUUCACGAAUGAGAUGGUGCAAGAGCCAGUCGCUGUCGACGUGCCUCAAGCGGCUCCUGAGUCAUUUGCAGAGCAAGCCAACGACGUACUCUCGGCGGAUGCGUCAAAAGAUCCUUUGGUCCCUGUACCUGCUCCAGAAGUUAUCGGACACUCUCUCAGGCCGGAGACAAUACAACUCGAUGCUCCUCUGCAGAACGACAGGUCGGACGAAGACCAGACGUUGGAUACCCACGCUGCUGUGGACUCAUUUAGAACCGAGACUCCACCUGCAUAUCAACAACUUCCUGCAGACAACACCCACACUUCCGUGGAGGGACUAGAAGCUGCAACGCCCCUUCUAGCAAUAAGAGGUGCGACCGUGCCGGUUAUUGCCGUCGCUCCUACGGAUGAGACGAAACCAGAAAUGGGAAUAGUGGACACAUCCCCAGAGUCAACGCUCGAAGUGGCCGGAGCACCAUACGAAGAAGCUUCAAAAGACCCUGAGCUUGGGUUCAAAGGCACUCCUACUGCUGGUGAGAACGAGCCAAUCAAUGAUGAACAGGCGGAGGCUGCGCCGACACCAUCAACAAUCGCUGAAAGAGAUCACAUAGAAGAACCUCCCACAGCUUCAGCCCAUGACGAAAGCUCAAUAAAUGUGCAGACCCCUACCGACCAAAUUCCCGCUGGAGAGCCAACUCACGAGGACGAAGGCUUCUGGGCUUCUGGUACUGAAAGGUCGAGAAAAGAUAAGAAAAAGAAGCGAAUCUCCGUUUCAGGCGACGCCCCAAACACAAAAUCUGUGCGAGAAGCUCCUUUAUCAGAUGAAACCGUGACCAAGCCAGUAUUCUCCGUCGCUGAGGAGGACAAGGACACAGAGAUGCCAACAGCUCCGGGAUCCUCUGAAGCUCUACCUGUAGGAGACCCUAGGCUUGUCCAAGAUGAGCCUCGCCAAGAUGAGGACAUGUACCUCAUAACGACCAAAAAGCCGAGGAAGGAUAAGAAAAAGAAACGUGCCAGUGCCGUCGAAGGCACUGAAGUAUUUUCAUCUGUGCAGGAGGGAGAGGUCGCAGACAGUAUCAUGAACUCCGGUGUUCCGGACGAGGGUUCGAUGGCAGAAGCACCGACGGAACUAAACUCCAAGAAGAAAUCAAAGAAAUCUAAGGCCCAGAAAGAGCGCCAAUACGUGUCGGAUAAUGUAUCUGGGUCGGUCGACGAUGUUGAAAUUGAGAACGAUGAACAGGUCCAGACAAUAUUACCCACCACGCCUACGGAUCGAGUCGGAAGUGCAGAUACAGAUCCACACUUGGGCGGAAGGACUGAACAUGCCCGAGAUCUGCGACCUGGAGAGGCCGAAGACAGUGUUGGCACUACUGCUGAGAAUCUGAACACAGGCGUUGUUCAACAACAGCAACAACAACAACAACAGUCGAUUACAGCCCUGCCUCCGGCAGAUGUGGAGAACGACGACGCUGCUCCCGAGCUGGCAGACUUUGGCGUUGAGAACCAUACCGAUCCACGAGCUUCUCUUGAUGUUACGAAGGAGGGGUCUCCUGUCACAGGGUCGAGCCUGGACAAUCUGCCCGAUAUGACAAUACAAUCCGUGAAGGCCAUGGAGGCUGAAGCUAGAGUCAACGAUGCCUCGGGAGACGAUACUGCUGCUAUUGAGACAUCAAUCAACGAUACCACUCAAAAAGCCAUGCCUACUGAGUCCCGGGGGUCUGAGAAUCCUCCCUCAGAGACAGCAGCGCCCAUAUCUCCUGUUGUAACAAACGCUGAAAUUCCUGCUCGGUCUGCAGCCAACCCGGCUGAGGGAUCUGGUGCUGAACGUGAUGUCGAAGUUGCCCCUGAGCCUUUCUUCAAGGCUGUAACGGAAUCUACUUCCGAGGCUACUGUUGCACAUCAUUUCGAGCAUUCCUCUAAGCCUGCCAACGAGCCUGCUGCUGUAUUUACUCCCCAGACAGCUGCCGAACCUACUCCUGAAGCUGCUAGUGAAGAGGGUAUUGAAACCUCCUUCGAGACCCCGGCCGAAUCUACAAGAGUAACCGUCAAUGAAGGCAAUAUUGGAAGUCCGGCCGAAAAAAUCAUUGAUACUCUCGCAGAGCCAGCAGAUAAAGUUGGGGUUAUGACUGGCAGCGAGGCAACUGUCGAGCCUGCUUCCCCUCGCAAAAUCUCAGCGGUCCCCAGUGAAUCUGAAGCCGUGCUCGAGGAAGAUUCAAGCUUUCCACCAAAGCAAUCCAAGAAGAAAAGGAAAAAAGAGAAAGACAAACGACAAUCAAACCUCAUCACCGAAACAACCCAAUUCAGGUCUCUGCCUAGUGAAACCCAAACAGUGACAGAUGGACCAGACGCAGAUGAAGACGAGAAAAAGAAGAAGCGCCAAGCGACCCAAGUUCCUGAUGCUCUUCAUUCAGAGACUAUAACACAUUCCGCUGACAAAUCAAAUAUUGAAACGGAAAUCAGGCCAUCAAUUGAGACGAUCGCAGACGAAUCAGGACCUACAUCAGAACCAACGAUAGAAUCUGCUUUUGAAGUUCAUGAACCCGAGCGCGAUGCAUUAACUAUAGAAGAAAACUCUUCAAAUAUCCGACAAGAGCUAGCAUCCAUACCGACAAAGUCAAAAAAGGACAAGAAAAAGAAGAAACGGCAAUCCGACAUCGAAUCUGCAGCCACUGGCCCGGCCUUUGAGACCACGAAGGAAGAAGCUUCUCAAUCAACAACAGACAACGUGACUGGGCCUUUUACCAAUGACGAUACACAAAGGCCGGACAGAGUUGAAGAUCUCAGUCGGGAGAACGACGUCCUCACUCCUGGACAUCAAGCGGAAGACUGGCGGGCUCCCUCCGGCAAGAAAAAAAAUCGAAAAAAGGGCCAGAAAUUUAAAUUGGAUGACGCUAGUUGGUACCAGGACAAUGAACAGAUCGGUCCGCAUGAAGACCCAUAUCUCGAUAGCAAGAUCGAGAAUGGGGUCAGGGAGCCCGAUGUGAACGUUUCAGAAAAGGAGCCGAUGUUUGAACCUAUAACCCAGCAAGAAUCAGCUUCAGCGGAGGCGAACGACGUGAUUGCCAGGACUUUGACGCCAGAAGAAUCUACUUCAGCUCAACUGAAAGGGCGUGGUCACCAACCCCGAGCAGCUGAUAUCGCGGAAGAGUCGAGCAAGGUACAAACAGUCUCCGAACAGGAUAAUGCUGAUGGCGAAAAGCCUCCGAAAGAGGAGCUCGUUCCAAUGGAGCCCGUUCAUGAAGAGGCUGAACUUUUGAAUGUACGUGACAUGUGGGCACAAUCACUUUCCGGAACCCCAGGAGAAGAUUUGGCUACGGCUGGAAUCGUCGACGUAGCCUCAUUGGGUCAAGUUUCCGAACAACCAGAUCUUUCCCGUAAGAAGCUGAAGAAAGGAAAGAAGAAAGCCCGCCAAUCAGGCGCUGGGGAGCUCGAAGAACAAGAAGCUUUCCAGACACUCAUGGCAGAAGAUGAUUCUUCACUCACCCCCAUGGAAGCCGUACUGCCUAUUGCUGAAAACGACUGGCCAACUUCGACCAAGUCGAAAUCGAAGAAUGGUAAAAGGAAACACCAGCGACUUGAUUUGGAUGACAGCUUUGCUGAACCUGCCCCAAGUACGCCAGAAGUUGAGUCUGCAAAGGUGGAAGGCUUGGACGAAGCGACGACACAACCAGUUCCCGCAGUAUCUGAAGCAAUACCCGACCAGGAGCCAAGAAUAGAGGGAUCGGGCGUCGCAAAGAAGGGCGGUAAAAAGAAGAAGAAGCGACAGUCGACCUUUGCGGACGUUGAGGAGUUCCCGCUCUCAAUGGAGGCACUGGCUAGUCCAAUCCCCGUCUCCAAAAGUAAACAGUCAGAGGAGAAAUCCUCGUUCUCGACAGUCGAAGGAGAUGUUGCAGGCACACCGAGUACGGGGCAUAUGAGUGAAGAGCAUCGCUUUGAUCCUGCCGCUGCCAACACUGACCCUCAACCAAUCGGUGAUGCUUUACGUCAGUAUGAGAUGUCGAUGGAUGCCACGCCCGUUCAGAAGCGCACAAUCAUGAAAAGCCAAGAUCCUAAGGAAACUACAGCUGAGGAAGUUCCCCUAGUUACAUUUGCAAACAUUGAAGCAGGUGACAGCCCAAAAUUGCGGCCGAGUAUUCAUACGGUUUCUGAUGUGCCCACCACAACUCUCCCAGAUGAGAGCACAGCUGAUCUUGCCCCUGCUGUUCCACACUCACUUGCAGCUUCUCAUGAUGGUGAAGUUCCCAUUGUCACUGAAGCGGCCAAUGAAACGCCAACGACAAUGGAUACCGACUCGGUACAUGUCGAAGAAUCAUCGAUUUCUGAAGCGACAUUGCCGUUAGAAAGCAAGCAAGGACAUAUCACAGAGGAACGUCUGUCUGAGACACUGAUAGCAGUGCCUGCCGCACAGUCACAAAUCGAACAAUUAGCCGCCCCAGAUGCAGCGAAGCUUGAGAAUCUUCAGUUCCACGCAGAACUUCCACCCGAGUUUCCAGUCGCAUCCCCCGUCGGAGGUGUGGAUGAGAUGUCUACACCAGAGGUGCCGAGUCCAGUAGUAGAGGUGAACAAGAGCGUCGAGUACAUAACAGAACAAGGUGCCAUGUCUUCGCGGCCAAAGGAGAAGAGUAAGAAACAGCGUCAAUCCACAUAUGAAGACCCAGUUUCCGAGCCUCAACAAAGCGGAAACACAGGGCCUGAGGUCGAAGCGGAGGCAGCGGAAACCCAACCUGCAGUGACGAAUACUCCGGAACGUCUUUCAACUGCGGCACCGACGAAUGACACUGCCGCAGAGGAAGAAAUUAGCAGUCGGUCAAAAAGGGCAAAAAAGGACAAGAAAAAGAAGCUGAAGACACUCUUGGUCGAAGACGUUGAAAAUGGCUCACAGCUCACAAUUCCAAAAGAUCUCGGAGCAGUCGAAGAGCCAAUUGCAAGUGAAAGCCAGCUGGAAACCAAAACUGUCGCCAAUUCGGUUGACGCAGCAGCUCCGGAGAUCAACCCCGAACGCAAUGUCGCCGAGGAAGCAGCAGGGGGAUGGGACGCACGGCAUCUUGCUUCGAUUGAACCAGUAGAGGAAGUAUCCCGAGGGCUAGUGAGUGAGAUCCCAGAAGUCAUGCACGUUUCCCCAUCAGCUACAGAUCAGAUGGCCGUACCCGGCGAAACUUCAGUAAACCCCGGGUUUAAAUCCGAUGCACUGGAACGAACAACCGAGACCAUGGGUGAGUACACUCCCCCGGCGGAGGAGGAUGACACUGUCUGGUCUGGCUUUCCUAAAACGAAGAAAUCCCAAAAGGAGAAGAGGAAGAGCAAAAGGAAAUCAGCGUUCGAAGAAGGGAUGGAGACUGGUGAUGUUAACGGACUGAAAGAAGAGAUUGAAAUGGAUACACAGCGAGAUGACGUGCCUCCCACCCCUAUCGAAACGUCAACGCCAGUUGAUGUCCAACCCGACUCCAAAUGGGGAUUUUCCAGCAAAAGAGCGAAGAAGAAGGGUAAAAAGAGUAAAGCCUUAACAGCUACUGAUGACUUCGGAACAUCAGGCACGGCAACGCCAAAUUCUAAUGACGAAUUCGCGUCCGCUAUGCAAACGCCAAUUCAGCGGACUGCGUCGCCGGAACUCAUGGACUAUGUCAAGGCAGAGCAAACCUCGGUCACUGCCCCCGAAACGGACAAUUCUGAUGACUUUGCUUCCGCACCCAGCAAGAAAAAGUCAGAAAAGGACAAGAAGAGGAAGUCAUUGCUUGCUUGGACAGGAAACGAAGAUCAGACCGCUGAAGAUGCCUCCGGGACGUCGACACUGGCACCACUUGCCGUGCCAGAAAAACCAAGGAAUGGAGAAAUUUCUGAGAAGGAAUCAAUCGCCAUAGGACUGGAGAAGGAAAACGCUGAGAGCAAGCUCGAAACUCCGUUCUUGCUUUCUGAUUCACAGGUGAUGAAGACUGGGGCAGAUUUGGACUUGGCGGCCAGUGCCGCGCAGCGAGAAUCCCUACAAUCUGAGGACUACACCGACAUUCCAGCGGACCCUCGUAAAUCGGCGAUUCCGUCCGUCAAACAGGAGGCUCUGCUGGGUCAGCACACUUUGGACAACUUGCAUGAUCCAGCAUCUAAUCCAGAUCAACGUGCAGCGUCGUCUACCAAAUCCCAAUUCCGAGGUGAUAGACAUGAGGCGGGCGGUGAUCCUGCGCAACGCGUCAUCAACAUUGGAGACGAAUUGCUACAAGAAGCAACCAAUAUUUCCGCACUGAUAUCAGAUCCGUCGGAAGCCAAGUCAGCAAACGAUCAGGUAGUUCCACCCUUGUACGUGCCUGGCGAUUAUCACCAACAAGACGAACACGUUGGGUCUGUCGCAGCUGAGUACAGGGUCCCGGAAGUGACCGAUCAUCAGCACGGUGUAUUUGAGACUGAUGACAUCACGCCAGAGGAACGAUCCACUGCUGUUAAAUCUAUUGACGAGAAUGAUAUGAACCCCGGUACAACCCGAGCUUUUGAAGAUGCAGAGAACAGAAGAGGGCUCGACGAAAUGGAUUUUAGUACCAGCAGAGAUACUUUGAAACGUAAGAAGAGCAAGAAGGAUAAGAAGGAUAAGAAGGCGAAGAAGAAAAGCGGAAUCUCCGAUGAAGCUGGGUUCAUCCAGCUGCCAAUGGAGCUUGAUCAAACGGAGAUUCGAGAGCCUGCGACUGUUGAAAUCCUUCACAACGAGGGUAUGGAGAUUCCAGAACCACGAGAACAGCUUCCCGAAAAUGCUGAAGAGUUGUCCGAUGUGAGUACCACCACACGUGAAAGACGAAAAAGAAGGAGAUCACCUCCAGCUUGGGCAAGAGAAGAACCUGAAGACCUCCCAAGAGAUCGUGCACUUACUCCACCACCUGAACACGAUGAUAUUAUGGAUACUGCCCUGGGUGUUGCAGCAGGACUUGGCUUUGGAUCUAGCGAAACCGAGUCAACCAGAGAACCUGCGCGAAAGGUGCCGUCGCCAGCUCGGCAGGCGUCCGCCGGGUGGUCUUUUGCCAAGCUUGACCCUGUUACAAAGCUUGCCGAUGCAGAGACGAAUCGAGACAGCGGUGUCCAAUUCGAGUCGCCGACCUUAUCCUCUGAGCUGUUUGUAUAUCACAGGGAUAGCGGCUAUGUCCAAAGUCCUACGGUUCAACAUGGAGAAUUCAGCACUACCAAGGACAGUAACACGGAUAUAAAUCUCCGUCCACCUCGACCUCAAUCACCUACCAGCUCGACAGAAGAUGUAUCCAAGGCUAUGACCAGUAAACAGCACGUCCAUCAUCCAGCCAGUCUGGAGACGCCGAGAAGAAAGCCGUCGCCAGUAGAAUCCACCUCCAAGGACAGAUCCUCGGUUUUGUUCCAUUCUUCUCCCGCCAUGCCAUCUCCGCUAAAGACGGACAUCCGAAGCAGAAGUCCUCAAGCCAUGUCCAGUCCUCUCCGAAGAAGUCCCAGUAUUCAUGGUCACCAUCACAGUCGAGAAGAGCUCAGACAACAAAAGGCUAAGAUUUCUCCACACCACGAAGACAGUGACCAACUCGCUUCGAACCUUAUUGAUCGGGCAGCUGCAGCACCGGUGAACCGUUCGGCGUUCGACUCGCAUUCGCACACCAACACCAAUCGCCCGUAUUCUCCGGGCAAGACGACACUGAAUGCCAUCAAUGAAGACACGCACGCGCCGACUUCGCAACCGCAUCCAUUCUCUGAUCCACCCGCUUCUCUUACACCUCGACAUUCUGCAGAGAACGACAACCUCGCAGCAGCUGGCUUGGUAGCAGGCGCUGGAGCAGCUGCGAGCAAGUCCAGAACUUCAUCGUUGCGCAACCUGCGCAGCGCUUCGAUCUCCCCGUACGACCCAGCCAAUUUCGCGUCCGGGUCUUCGCAAGGACCGAUCAAUGCUCAGAUCACUGGCAAGACUGCAGCUCGCGAGAGGGAAAUGGCAGAGGUAUAUGAUGGGUAUGGUUCAUACCCCGGCAGUCCCCGCUCUCCGACACGACCCCCAAGCAUCCGACAACGACAGAGCAUGCAGCAAAUCAGAGAUCUUGAAGCAAAAUUAGACCAGCUCGCCAGUGAGAACCGCUCCUUGGCCGAAGCAAAGAUCGUGACAGAACAGCAACUCGAACAAGCUCAUUUCGAACGCAACAGAACUGAAAAUGACACGGUCACUUUCAAUGCGCAGAUCCAAGAACGCGAUGCGGAAAUCGCGCGUCUCAAGCAAGAGGUGGCGUCGCUGAUCGCUACACAUGAGUCACUGAAGAAAGAACACGAACAGAGCCUGGCGAGUCUCCAAGAAAACUACGAUGAGGCUCAAUCACAAUGGCAAGACUCUUUGCAGGAACUGGAAACGCUUCGAUCAAGGCAUAACGAGCUAUCCACCGGCAUGGAGUCCCUUGUCAGGCAUGAGAUUGAUACAGCUCUCAGUGAGAAAAAUGCCGAGAUUCAACGACUUCGGGGAGACCUUGAAGCGGCAAGAGAGAAGAUCAGAGACUUGCAGUCUCAGAUAUUGUCAAGGGGAGCCGACGAUGUGGUUGUCUUCCACGAUGAGGACUACUUCGAUCAGGCGUGCCAGAAGUUGUGUCAACAGGUCCAGGGGUGGGUGCUGCGAUUUUCCAAAUUCAGUGACCUUAAGCUUUGUCGGACCACAAGCGAGGUCCGAGACGAGAAGAUUGUCGACCGAUUCGACAAUGCGAUACUAGAUGGUUCCGAUGUGGAUGUUUACCUCGCCGACCGUGUCAAACGGCGAGACGUCUUCAUGUCGGUGGUGAUGACUAUGAUCUGGGAAUAUGUCUUCAUCAGAUACCUCUUUGGUAUGGAUCGUGAUCAACGACAGAAACUGAAGCAGCUGGAGAAGAACCUUGGAGAGGUGGGACCGCAGAGCGCGGUGCAUCAGUGGAGGGCACUCACGCUCACGUUACUGUCCAAACGAGAGAGUUUCAAGGCACAACGAGAAAGCGACACCGAAGCAGUGGCUAUCGAGAUUUUCUCAACACUGUCACGCUUCCUCCCUCCACCACAGAACUUAGAGGAGCAAAUUGUGGGAUCCCUCCGCAACGUGAUGCGCACCGCGGUGGAAUUAUCGAUCGAGAUGCGCACCCAACGAGCUGAAUACAUCAUGCUGCCGCCAUUGCAGCCCGAGUACGAUACCAAUGGCGACCUGGUGCGGAAGGUAUAUUUCAAUGCAAGCUUGAUGAAUGAAAGAAGUGGCGAAACGACAAGCAAUGAGGAGUUGGAGCGUGAACGUGCAGUGGUUCGUAUGGUGCUGUUCCCGCUUGUUGUUAAGAAGGGAGACGACAAUGGAGUGGGAGACGAGGAGAUCGUGGUAUGCCCCGCGCAGGUAUUGAUCGCAAGACCAGACAGGGGGAAAAGAGUAAAGAGCUCCACAAGGCACGCUAGCGGUGGCAGCGAUGCUAAGAGCUUGCGGGCUGUGAGCACGCAUAGCCUUGCCAUGAGCGGGAUUGAAGGGAACGAGAACAUGUUCUGA